CUCCCAGGGAAGGUGGUGAGAAAAACUGUGAAACUGCUGAGUCUCCGGAGGGAAACGCUCACCCUUUCCCCCCCCCACCUCUGCCUAACGGUUAGCCUGGAGAACUGACAAUGGAUUAAUGGAUGGAACUGGGCUGCAGACUGGGGGGUGGUGAGCGGGUUCAUUCGGCCUCUGCUCUCCGGCCGCCUCCUUAAAGAGAAGGAAAGGCAUCUGAGGGAACAGCUCAGCAGCCUCUCGGAGGUGUUGACGUCUUAAGAGCGCUUGUCAUUCCCCAAAACGUGACACUCAGUGGUCAGUUUCAUUUUGGGCGGAUUAUCAUUUUAAACAUCAGCCCGGCUUGCAACAUCACUUUUUCUUUUGGGUCAGAGCUGUAUAAAGUGAGGGGAAGGGGGGUAGUUGUUGACGAGCCUCCCAGCCUGUGCUGUGCUGCAGUGAGGGAGAGCCACUAAAGCGGCUGUGUGAGUGGACGGCCGUGCUCCCAAUGGGUUAACUGGAUGCCGGCAGCCAGCAGAAAGCGAGGACACAUUGCAAGCGACAGUGUUUUUACUGGCGGGAGACUGACUGACCAGAGCAGCAGCGGCCGUUCACCAUGUGAAAACAACUGGACACUGAACACAAGGGGCUUGCUGUGAUCCAGACCCUCCAGAGACUUCACCUCCACUCUGAGACCACCCCCACACACCCCUUCCUCAUCUGUGGGGGUGUUCUUUUCUUUUUGGAGCUGAAAAGAAUUAAUCUGAUGUCGCCUCUUCACCCACGUGUAAGGAGGACUCGCUGCUGAACUGUGUCUCUUUAUCCCCCCCCUUCCCCCCACCAAUCAAAAAAAAAACAAGACGCUCAGUUUGUUUCCGAGGCAGAUUUGCUUGGAGGAUGAGAGGCAGCAGACUGGCCAUCGUGACUGUCCUCCUGUGGCAUCAGCUGGCCCUCUGCAGGCAGGCGGUGGCCAAGAGAGCGCUGCGGAUAAACCAACGCACCGAGCCCUACAACAGCACCCUGCAGACCAACAGCGACGAGGGUUCUUCCCUCCAGACCCUGUCCUCCAGCCCGGAAGGUGGAGGAAUGGGACAUAGACUUCUUCAUGACGUCCGACGCCAGUGCCAGCCCAUGGUCAGCCAACAGGUGGCACCCUCGUUGCAGGGUGAGACGACCCAUCUCCCAGAAAAUCGAGAGCAUCGUCCACUGGACCCACAUUCAUCAUGGAUCAAAUUUGUGCAACGAGAUGGAGUCAGGAAAAGCAAGAAAUGCAAAGCCAACCGGAAGAAAGUAUUGCCGAGCCUCUUUGGGCCACCAGGACCUCCAGGACCCCCAGGACCCCCUGGACCAGCUGGAGCUGAAGUGACGCAGGAGUUCCUGUUGCGCGAGUUUAAAGAUAUGAUAAGAGAGGCAGCAGAGAGACGGGCAGCUGUUCUGACAGAGAUCCAUCCUAGUUUCAGUCCACCACCUCCUCUCCCGUUUGAAGACAUCCAUCCAUACAAAAGAGUAGAGGAAGCUUUUCACUGCAAACUGAAGGGGAUAGUUAUUGUGGACAAGAGGACCCUCUUAGAGCUUCAGAACUUCCAGGCGCCACUUGCAAAAGGUGCAUUCCUGAGAGGAUCUGGAAUGAAUGUGUCGACUGGGAGAUUUACAGCACCAAUAACCGGCAUCUACCAGUUUUCUGCCAAUGUACACAUCGAUCACAGUGAAAUGAAGAGCAAAGGACCACUUCGUCCAAGGGAUAAUGUCCGAGUGCUCAUUUGCAUCGAGUCCCUCUGCCAACGGAAUACUUCCCUUGAAGUUAUAGUUGGGCUGGAGAGCAACAGCAAAAUAUUCACAGUCUAUGUGCAUGGGCUCCUUCAGCUACAGGCUGGCCAGUAUACCUCCAUAUUUGUGGACAACGGUGCAGGAGCACCCAUUUCUAUCCAGAGUGGAUCAGAUUUUAUGGGGAUAUUCGUUGGUGUAUAGCAAGUCAUGUUCUCUUUAGAAGAAACUAACUUUAAUGCCAACUUUAACAUUAGAAUUCUGCUCUUCGUAAAAAAAAGUCAGAGAUGGAAUAAUUCAAGUAACUGUUGACAUGAAGAAAGACUGGUGGGAUUUUCCCUUCAACAAUUGCUACUUUUGUAUCCUGGCUCAUUAUUCUUUCAUCGGUCUUUGAGAAAUCCAUAUUUGGUUAGAACUUCAAAAAUAAUACACAGUGCCACUCUCAGUGGCAGAUUGUCAUCUGCAACACUGGAUUGCAAAAUGCUAAAGUGAUUGUACCUAAAUUUCCUACAGACGCAACCGUAGAAGGGCUAAACAGGAGAUACACAUUCAAGCUGUUAUUGUCUUGCUGAUGGUGUUAAAAAGCUCCUUUUAGCAACAAAAUAAUAUUAAUUUUAUUGAUUAAAUAUCAUUGUAAUAUUGGAA